GAUCCAAUCAGGUUGCUGCUCCGUCUCCUCCUCAGGCCCCCCCGCCUCGUCUCCUCUGAGCUUCAUCAUGUUGACUCUGAAGAUCACAGGACUGAUCCUGAUGGUUGGACUCACUGUUGGUAUCAUCAGAACCAGAGGAAGAAAAAAGCCUCAGAAAGACAUUAAAGUUCGUUUUGCUGUUGACGACCCAGUGAGCGAAGAACGUUCUGCUGCCGCCGCACUCCGCUCAUCUUCAUCACAUCAAUUACAGUCCAUAUAAAAACACUUUGCUUUAAUGUUGCAUCUUAAUGGGAAGGAAGCGAUCAUUACAGCUCAGUUUGUUUCUCUGAUCUGAUGGCCUCUGGUCCAGACUGCUGGCAUUUCUGGUUGUAUUAUCAGGUCAAUAUUAACUGUCACCAGUAGAGGGGGCUUGUGAGUUCUGAUGGGUAUAAUUGGUGAAUGACUGUUUGCUGGCCGUCCAGCUCUAGUAGAGAUGAAUUAUGUCUCAACCAAAUGUGGUCUGAGUCUGAAGCCUAAGUGAUGAACUUUGACCUGGAUUCUGUUCCAACUCGGUUUAAUUCUCUGUCUGCAGAGUCUCAGAGCCGUUGCUGUUAGUGGACUGACCGCAGCUCAUUAGUAUGCAUCACAGUUCCUGUUUGACUGCUCAUCUGUUGUACAGAAAACUAGAAAUUAAGACAAAAUAAAAUGUAUUAUUUUUCAGUUUAUAUUCUUCACCAACAGAUCCUUCAGCUAAAUCAUGUCUCAGCAUUACAAAGUGAAACGGAUGCAUUUUGAAUGUUCAUUUCUCACUAAAGUUAGAGCAACUAGUUCCUUCUAUUUGUGGUUUUAGUUCAGUUUCUAAAGAAAACACAAGACUGAUAAGAGCAAAGUUACAGAAUACAUGCUGGGUGUUGGUGUGAAGCUGUUUUCAACCAUUGUUUCAGACAUCAAGAGGAAACAUCAUCAGUGUUUUCAGAUCAGCAACAGAGAAAAGUCUCAGUUCAGCAGCUGAUAGACGGACAGGAGAUGUUGGUUCUGGUUCUGGUUCUGGUUCUGGUCGUUGUGCUCCAGUUUGAAGGAACCAGAGGAGAACUUCAUCUCUAUCACAGAGAAGGAGAAAAUAUUGUUCUACCUUGUUUGUUAUCAUCAUCAUCAUCAUCAUCAUCAUCAUCAUCAUCAUCUUCAUCAUGCUCUGCUGUUUCCUGGCUUUACAACAGAGAUACAAGCGCAAUUUACUCAGAGGUUAGAAAUGGAAAAGUUGUUCAGAGUUCACCUCGAGCUUCCAGGUUAAAGAUGGACAGCAGCUGCUCUCUGACCAUCAACAACAUCGAUGAUGAUGAUGCUGGAAUCUUCAUCUGUAGACCUGGAACCAGUACCAUGUCAGAUGUGUGUCUGAAUGUUUUAACCAUUUCAGAUUCUGAUCCAACAAAGGAAGAUUUUACAUUACAAUGUUCUCUGUGGAAAUACGGAGGAUUGGAUUCUUGUCCAGAGAAAGUUUCCACUGGUUGGAUGAGACAGGAACUGAACUGACUGGUAAAACUGAUGAUCGCAGCUCAAGACAAAGAUGUUAUUCCUCUCUAACUGUGAAGCAUCAGAGCGACAAGAACAGAAGAUUCACCUGCCAGUUAGUUGAAGGAAACAAAGUGAAGGUUGAAGCUCAAUACAUACCACCUGUGUUUAAAGUCCAUCUCUACCACAGAGCUGGAGAUGAAGCUGUUCUGCCCUGUAACAGACCUUCAUCAUCCGACUCAUGUUCCUCUGUUGACUGGAAUUAUGAGACAAAUGGAUACAUGGAUAAACAGGAAGUUCAUAGAGGAAUCGUUCAGAGUUCACCUCGUUCUGCCAGGAUGAGUUUGGACAGAAACUGUUCUCUGAUCAUCAACAACAUCAAUGCUGAUGAUGCUGGACGGUACAGCUGCAGUUAUAACACAGAUGUGUAUCUAAAUCUGCUGAUCAUCUCUUCAUCUCCACCAGAUCCUGAUCCAACAGUGAAUAACUUCACAUUAGCCUGUUCUCUGUGGAGAUUCAGUUCUUCAGGUUCUUGUCUAGUUAAAAGUCUCUUCUGGUUGGAUGAGACAGGAAGUGAACUGACUGGUGAAGGUGAUGGAUAUAAAUCAGGAGGACAGUUUGGUUGUGUUUCUCGUCUCACUGUGAAUCUUCAGAGCAGCAGAAGAUUCACCUGCCAGUUUGUUGAAGGAAACAAAGUGAAGAUAGAAGCUCACUACCAACAUGAAGGCCCCCCCGCCUCUUCUCCUCUGAGCUUCAUCAUGUUGACUCUGAAGAUCACAGGACUGAUCCUGAUGGUUGGACUCACUGUUGGUAUCAUCAGAACCAGAGCAGGAAGAAAAAAGCCUCAGAAAGACAUUAAAGUUCGUUUUGCUGCUGAUGACGACACAGUGGAUUAUGAAAAUGAUGGAGAACGUUCUGCUGCCGCCGCACUGCACUGAGCUUCAUCACAUCCACUGCAGUUUAUAGAAAACAAUCUUUUAUUUUAUUUAUAUCCCAGUUCAAAAUAAUCUCUUGUGUUGCCUUAACUUCUCGGUAGCAUUUUUAACUGUUCAAUUCAGUUUUUUUAAUACGUAUGAAAACCAUCAUAAAUAUGAUAAAAAGCUGUUUGUAAAGACUAAAAACAGUUUGAGAUGAAAAACCUAUAAAAUAUGAAAAUAUGUUACUUAUUUCUGUUUAGUGUAAAUAGAAGCUUUGAUACACAUUUUGUUUUAUUGCCAAGAAAUCAUGUUAUUAAAAGGAAGUGAUGUGGAGCAUCAGAGAUUUACUGAUCUCUCAUUGGUCGAUGUGCAGAAAGUGGGAGGAGAGAAGAGAGGAAACAGGAAGUAAAAUAUGGAGAUUAGUUGAUUAAAAAUUUGAUAACUUUUCUUUAACAAACUUUAUUGAUUACAUGUAUAAUCCAUUAUAGCUCAAUAAAAAUAUUUCCCAUUUUAGAUGCAAUUUUAUCAACAAGUAGACCAUAAAGCAUAAACUUGAAUUUAAAAAGUAGAUUCAAUAAUAGAGAAACAUUUUC